UUUAAUUUGUGUAUAAUUGAACUGUCUAAACGUGCUCAGCUUACUCCUUCAUAACGUGGUCGUUAGUCGUUUCUCCUCCGUGAAGGACUUUAAUGUUUUCUUUAAUGCUCAUGUUGCACCAAACUGCAGACACCUGCCACACGUUGUUUACUUGGUGUUCGGGAGACAAGCAUACGUGUUAAACCGUAACUUCAGUGCCCGCGCGAAUCGAUGCUAAUCUACUGUAUGUAUGUAUUUUGUGUCUGUGUAAUUGUGCCGACAAGUGCAUUGUCUCUUGAAAACGAAUGAAUCUUGUGCACAUUUGCCACCAUGUCAUCAGUUAUUCGAUUGGCGUCAUCGUCCCAUGGCAAUUAAGUUUAGAUCUAAUUACAGUCUGAGUCUGUCUUUUCGGCUUUGAUCCCCCACCAUGAUGCGUUACUGGGGCGAGAUCCCUGGGCCUGCAGGGGCUCCGCCCAGUCGCAGCUCCUUCGACUUGCUCCAGCGGGAGUUUCGCUCCGUGGAGAUGCAGGACCCUCCCCUGCAUCAGCCCUCGGCCCAGCGUCCACGACCCACCACCAUGUUGGACAUCCCCUCGGAGCCCUGUAGCCUCACCAUCCACACCGUGCAGCUGUGUCAACACGCCCGCCGCCUCCGUAGCCUCCUGUCGGCGGCUCAGGGUCAGAGCUUGGCACCCUCCGAGGGGGGCAGCAAGCUGGAGGAGGCGGAGGCAAACCUGCCCCUGUGUCCUCCCACCCCACCUGUCAUGCCAGACGACCUGCUGCCCGUUGACAGCAAAGCGCCGCGACAGCCCUUCCUCCUCCGCCACAGUGACCCUGAAAGUGACUUCUACAAGGGUAAAGGCGAGCCUGUCACAGAGCUGAGUUGGCCUUCUUGCAGGCCACUUCUCUAUCAGUCAGUGGCCACCAUCUUGGCCCACGCUGGCUUUGAGUCGGCCCAGGAGAGCGUGCUGGAAACCCUGACGGACCUGGUCCAUGAGCACUACAUGCGGCUCUCCCGCAUGCUCCGCGUGGCGGUGGACCGCGAGGCCCGACUGGGAGCGAGUCCCUUCCCAGACGUGGUGGAGCAAGUGUUCCACGAGGUGGGCAUUGGCAGCGUGCUGGCCCUGCAGCGCUUCUGGCAAGUGAGGAUCAAGGACUAUCACAACUACAUGCUGCAGGUGAGCAAAGAUCUGUCAGAAGAAUAUGAACGAUUGGUGAACCCAGAAAAGGCUUUGGAGGACUCCAAGCCCCCAAGGAUUAAGGAGGAGCCCAUGAAUGACAUCUCGUUCCCCGUUAGCGAGGAGCUGGAGGCUGACCUGGCCUCUGGGGACCAAGCUCUGCCCAUGGGGGUCCUCGGGGCCCACGCUGAGAGGCUGGCGUCGGCGCUGGUUGGUGACCAUUCUCCUCACACCUCAGGUGGUGUUGGGACCAACAGCUCCCCUCUGUGGCCUCAAGUAAAAAUGGAGCCGCAGGAUGCUGAGGAGGGCCAGGGCGCCGGCAACCAUCAGCACCACCACCACGCCGUCUUGGGUGGUGACGUGUUUGAGGAGGGGGGGCCCAUGUCCACCAUGAGUGAGUCCGGGGGAGCCAUGGCAGCCUCUCCUGGGGGAGUGGCGUCAGACGCCAGCUACGCGUCCCAUUCGCCCGAUUCCUUGAUGGGCGCGUCGCCCGUUUUCAACCAAAGGCCCAAGAAGCGAACGAGGAAGAUGUGAGGAUGCGUUCAAGGAAGCUGGAACCGCUGAUAACUGAACUCUGAACACAAAAGCUGACGGUGAAACCCACCAGCUGUUCUGCUGCCAACAUGAACAGCCACUUCAUAAGCUUACGUAAAUGUCAUGAACGGACUGGACUGCUGUGACGAGGGGUACAGUUUCAGUGUACAGUUUCUCUCAAAUUAGCGGAAGGCUUUGCCGUUUAAUUCAUGACAGGGUUUAUUGUGAAAAGAAUAAAACAUCUUUAAGAAUA